AUAGCUCUCGCGCAUGACGUGCCAACCAUAUGGCACUGGCAGCAGAGCUGGUACCCCCUUUGCUGGGUAGAGAUGCCACUCUCGCCUCCUUUUGGAUAGAGGACUGCAGGAGGCUGGAGCACCUCAAGGAGCCACGUCCCAGUCCCAGAAGAUGCUGGGAACAAUGAAAUAGGAAUUCCUGCGGUCCGCCCGAAGCCACCAUGUUGACGCGACUUUUCAGCGAGCCCAGCCUGGUCCCCGAGGUCCCGAAAUUCGCCGGUUGGGCCGAGGAGUGCGAGGAGGAUGCGCGGAGCGAGAAGGAAGAACGGGCAGGGAAGGGCUGCGCCCCCCCCGAGGAACCGCCCGAGGGGUCGCUGGGGGAAAGCAAAGAGGAAGGGGAGUUAGGAGGGGACGAGGAGGAGGAGGAGGAGGAGGAGGAAGGCCUGGAGGAAGCGGAGGGUGAACGACCCAAGAAGCGGGGUCCCAAAAAACGCAAGAUGACCAAGGCGCGGCUGGAACGGUCCAAGCUGCGGCGGCAGAAGGCGAACGCCCGGGAGCGGAACCGAAUGCACGACCUGAACGCGGCCCUGGACAACCUGCGCAAAGUGGUUCCUUGUUACUCCAAAACCCAAAAGCUCUCCAAAAUCGAGACCCUUCGCUUGGCCAAGAACUACAUCUGGGCUCUCUCCGAGAUCCUGCGCUCGGGCAAGCGGCCCGACCUGGUCUCCUACGUGCAGACUCUGUGCAAGGGGCUCUCGCAGCCCACCACCAACCUGGUGGCCGGUUGCCUCCAGCUCAAUUCCCGCAAUUUCCUCACGGAGCAAGGCCAAGAAGGGGGCCGUUUUCACGGUCCCAACGCUUCCUUCGCCGUUCACCCUUACCCGUACCCCUGCUCGCGGCUGGCCGCGGCGCAGUGCCCACCCGCCGCCGGGCCCGGUGCCCACGGGUUGAGGACACACAGCUACUGCUCGUCCGCCUACGAGAGCAUCUACGGCAACGCCUCCCCCGAUUACAACAGCUCGGAGUACGACGGGGGGCUCAGCCCCCCCCUCUGCAUCAACGGCAACUUCUCCCUCAAGCAGGACUCUUCUUCCCCCGACCACGACAAAAGCUACCACUACUCUAUGCACUACUCGGCGCUGCCCGGUUCCCGCCCCACCGGCCACAACCUGGUCUUCGGCUCGGCGGGGGUACGCGGGGGGGUCCACUCCGAGAACAUCUUCCCCUACGACAUGCACCUCCCGCAUGAGCGGGGCCCCAUGUACGAGGAGCUCAACGCCUUCUUCCACAACUGACCCCCCCUUACCCUCCCCCCAUCAUCGCCACCCCCACCCUCGGACCCCCCUCCCCCCCUACCCAUCCCCGAGGCGCGGGGAGACGGGG